CAGCAGCAGCAGUUCGAUUCGAACCCACCCUCCUUACUUUCUCUCUCUAGAUUCUCUCUCUAAAAUCACUCUCACUCCACCAUCAUCACGAUUCACAGAUUCACCUCUUCCAUUCGUGAUGCAGAUGUGAUUGUUUUAUUGUUUAUACGGUGGAGAAAUAAUAAUAAGUUACGAAGCCUAGGGUUUUAUCGGUUCCAAUUGAUUUUAAUUCCUUGAUUGUUCGAUCUGAAUGGAAUCGGUAUCGGUGAACAAUAGUAAGGCCGACGGCUCGUCAGCGGCUGACGUGGAUAUUAUUUCGGUUACGCAGACGCUUGCGAAGGAUGCCUAUGUGUUGUUUCAGUUGGGGAAGUAUGCGGAGUGUGUUAAGGUGUUGAAUCAGGUUCUGGAGAAGAAAGCGGAUGAUUUGAAGGUUCUUCAUAACAUCGCUAUUGCGGAAAACUUCCAAGAUGGAUUUACAAAUCCAAAGAGAUUUUUGGAAGCCCUUGAUAACAUUAAGAAACAAAGUGAAAGGCAAUCUCAUUCAUCUGGGGAAAAUGCAAUGGUGUCGAACAACAGAAUCAAAUCAGUGGGAAAUAAGGGCAUUCCAUCUGACGAUUUUGAUGUUUCUUUGACAAUGUUUAAUAUAGCAGUCAUCCUCUACCAUCUACACGAAUACGAGAAGUGCUUCUCCAUUUUGGAAAGAUUAUAUCAAAAUAUUGAACCGAUAGAUGAGAGGGUGGCCCGCCAUGUGUGCCUUUUGUUGCUGGAGGUUUCUUUAGUAGGCCACCAUGCCUCACGAGCCGCUGAUGUGAUGAAUUAUUUGGAAAGAGUAGGUGGGAAUAGCAUAGUCACUCAAGGUGAUUCCGGAAACGUAACUCAGCAACAGCUAACAACCUUAGUGACAAAAUCCACAUCAGCACCCAGUAACAUGCUGACAUCAUCAGAUCCCAUCAGCUCAGAUUUAACCGUCAACACAAACGGUCCUGAAAGCCCGUUAUCCAGAACACUCUCAGAGGAGGAAACACUACUAGAACUAGAAUCGUUAAUGAGUGGACCCCAAACCCUAACAAGACCGUUAAAUGAUCUUUCAAGAACACAAACCGACGAGUCGUUUAUUUCAACACCGGAUUUACGGCUCAAAGUGCAUUUAUACAAAGUUUGGAUUCUUAUUCUCACAAGAAAUCUCAAAGCAGCCAAACGAGAAGUCAAAAUGGCGAUGAAUAUAGCACGUGGGAAAGAUUAUUCACUUGCGUUAUUUCUAAAAUCACAGCUCGAAUACGCGAGAAAUAAUCACCGAAAAGCGAUAAAGCUUUUAAUGGCAUCAGUCAGUCAAACGGAAUCCGGAACUUCAUCGUUGUAUUACAACAACCUCGGAUGCAUUUACUAUCAACUUGAGAAAUAUCAAACGGCUGCCGUCUUUUUCUCGAAAGCGAUUGGAAACGGUUCUCUGCAAAGAAAGGAGAAACCGAGGAAAUUGUUUAGUAUCUCGCAGGAUAAAUCGGUUCUUUUCGCAUACAACUGUGGGCUAGUCUAUUUGGCUAGUGGGAAACCCGUACUUGCGGUUCGAUGUUUCCAACAAGCGGGUUCCGUUUUCUUUAAAAAGCCUCUUCUGUGGCUUCGAAUUGCGGAGUGCUGUAUAAUGUUUACGGAAAAGAAAGCGGAUAUUCACGUUAAUGUUAUCGGCAAGGGAAAAUGGAGACAACUUGUUAUAGAGUCGUGGAAUUCGAGAAACGCGUUGCAGGUGGACCCGAAUCUUUCGCUCACGUUUGCGAAAAGUUGUCUUCUGAACGCGUUACACUUGUUGGACUAUCCCGAUGGGAAUACGAAUCUGAAAGCUGAUCAAGGACUCGGACCGGGGCAAGUGAAUUCAAACGGGGAAGCGAACCCGAACCCGCCUGUGAAUUCGAAAGAGAUGAAGGUGGGGAAUCUAAACCCGUUGCUUCAAAGCUCGAUUAACGAAUAUGAGGGUCUUUGCGGAAAAGAGAACCAGAUGAUAUUGCAAACUGUGCUCGCUGACCUGGCAUUUGUUUACUUGGAGCUUGGGAAUGCAGUGAAGGCGUUAGCGGCUUCCAGGUGUCUUUUAAGGCUUCCGGAAUGUUCCAGGGUUUACUCUUUUCUCGGAAAUGUUUAUGCAGCGGAAGCUUACUGUCUCUUGAACCAGCCUAAACAAGCUUCCGAGCAUUUGUCGAGUUAUAUAUCAGGGCAAAAUAGUAAUAAUACUGAAGUACCGUACAGUCAAGAGGAUUGUGACAUCUGGCAAAUGAGGAAAACCGUUGACCUUGACGAGCCAAAUUCCAAUAACGCCCCUGCUCUCGAACAACCCUUACCGAAAGGCAGCUCUGGCUUUUUGUUUCUGAAGCCGGAGGAGGCUCGCGGGGUCCUGUUGGCUGACAUGGCAGCCAUGGCGGCAGCAGAAGGUGACAUGGAGCGGGCCCACGAGGCUGUGACACUCGCGUUGUCGGUAAUACCCAACAACCCGGAAGUGGUUCUAACCGCAACAUACAUAGAUUUAGUUCGUGGGAAGACUCGAGAUGCGGUUUUGAAGUUGAAGCAAUGCAGCCGGGUUCGGUUCCUCCCAGGGAUGUUAGCAGAGAAGUGAUGGUUAAUGGAUUGUAGGUAGGUCAAAACAAUCCUUUGAAAUUGAGGAUUUGAUUUGUAACAUAUAUAUAGCUCCAAGUUCAGGGUAAAAAGGUCUUUUUGUUUGUGGACUAUUUUUGAGCAUUUUUCCCCUUUAAAUUCUGUGUUUUUUUUAGUGUUCUGAUCGAUAUGAGACUAUUGUGGCCAACGGAGUUGGCCCUUCAAUAGAUUUGAGAUGUAGUGUUACUUUUCUUUUUCUCUGUUUAUUUGAAGAGAUGGUUUAAUAGGUCUCAAAUGUUGAAGUA